AUGGCCAGCUAUUCAACUAGUUUUUCAAAUCCUGACUCACUCACAGAGCUCUCAAGGAUAAUAGAGCGGACGCUUGUUGAUACUGGUCGUUUGUUUCGCAAAUCUGGCUCCAUGCCCUCGAGAGCUCACUUGCAGCGAUCCUUACCUUUGUAUCAUGACAGUUUCCAAAAUGCUCUGGAUAAUCUAUCAGAGCAAAUUUUCAUUGCAAAAGCCUUCUUGGAAAAGGAUUACGAGGCUCUCAAGGCCACUAGUGCCGCUCCCCAGCCCAUCAAAGAUGUUGCAAUGAGCGAUGUGAAGCAACAGGUUGAACCUGACACUCAAACUCCCCCGAUUGGGAAAGUCGAAGUGGUCACAGAGCUUGAAUCCAGGCCUAAAACAGAAGAAGAUCCAUCUGCGAGCCAAUCACUUCCGGCAGAGAUCAAGCCCGACAUCCAAUUGGACGAUGAUGUAGUUGUCAAAAAAGAAGGCGACAAUACUGCCCCCGAUCAAUCGUUCCCCGGACCCAAUGAAGAUCUUACUUUUGAUUCAGUCCUCAAUGAGACUGGUGGCACAAACGACUUUGGUCUUAGUUUAGACUUCAACGAUGAUGACAUGGGCAAUCAAGCUUUCCUAUCCGGGUCAAAUUUCACAGCCUCUGGCGCUACUGGUGGCGCGGACAGAUUGAACACGACUCAACCUUUGGGAACUACUUCGGGUGUCCCUGCUGGGGGUGGUGCGUUUGACAUGGAAUUGCAGAAGACCGAGGGAGAUGACGGCAAUUUCCAACAGGGUAACUCCGGGGAGGAUUUCAUGGGGCCCGCUGAAUCAAAUUUCGACGAUUUGUUCAUGGACACUGAUAAUUUCGGAGAGAAUGGCGGGGAUUUCAAUCAGCUGGAGGGGGAUAGCUUGAUGAAUGUUAAUGAGCUGGACGAUAAUUGGUUCAACUGA